AUGGUGCUGCACAGUGCUAUCCAAGCAGCUCGCGACGGUGACCUGACAGCCCUGAGGGGGCUCCUGGCUGCAGGCUGCUUGACCCAGGAGAUCACGGACCCCCAGGGAGCCACGGCCGUGCAUCACGCCGCCCGGUGCGGCAGACUGGACAGCCUCCACUUCCUGGUGGACGAGGCUGGUCUCGCCGGAGACACGCGGGCGGCGAAUGGGGCCACGCCGGCCCACGACGCCGCAGCCACUGGACACGUGGCGGAGCUGCAGUGGCUGGUGCACCACGGGGUUUGCGAUGCUAAGGAGCAGGACGACUCCGGGGCCACCGCCCUCCACCUGGCGGCUCGCUUCGGCCAUGCGGCGGUGGUGCAGUGGCUGCUAUCGGCUGGGGAUGGAGCAGAGCAGGAGACGGCCUGUGGGGCUCUGCCUGCUCACUACGCCGCGGCUAAGGGGGACCUCACCUGCCUGAAGCUGCUGCUCCAGCAGGCCCCACAGUGUGUGAACCGGCAGACAUGCCUGGGAGCCACGCCCCUCUACCUGGCCUGUCAGGCGGGCCACCUGCACGUGGUGGAGUAUCUGGUGAAGGACUGUGGGGCUGACGUCCACCUGAGGGCCCACGAUGGCAUGACGGCCCUGCAAGCUGCGGCUCAUAUGGGUCACUACGCGCUGGUCGUCUGGCUGACCUCCUUUACAGAUGUUAACAUCUCCUGCCAAGACAAGGAAGGGGCCACUGCACUGCAUUUUGCUGCCAGUGGGGGGCACCAGCGCAUCCUUGAGCGACUAUUGCGGAUGGGGGCGACGGUCUUGAAGGACGGCUUGGGCGGGACCCCUCUGCACAACGCGGCUGAAAACGGGGAGGUGGAGUGCUGUCGGCUUCUGGUGGCGCAUGGAGUGAGCCUCGACGACCGGGAUAAAGAUGGAUUUACGGUGGUGGAUUUGGCAGAAUACAACGGGCACCAUGACUGCGCCAAAUACCUUCGGGCUGCCAAGGAAUGCUUCCAGCUGUCUGCUAAGGACAGUAGUCAACCAGAGCUCCACCCCACUGAGGCAGGGAGGAAAAGGAAGCCAAAAGUGUCCUGGAGUCCCAGCGUUGCUGACUACUGCCUGGACGAGCAGGACCCCUGUAGCAGCAUGGAGAUCGGCAAGCCUCGGUCUUUACCUUCAUCACCAGCUUCACCUUUGACCUCAACCUCUCCCCGGCUUCAGAAAUCAGCAGUAACAUCACGGCAUCUGCAACUGGCAUCUACUGUCAUGUCAUCUUUAAACGUGAUGAAGUCUUCAGAGGAGGAGAAGAGUCAAAUGCUGUCCAUUAAGUCUUUGAAACAUGCAGGAUUGACUGCAGUCUUCAAAGGACAAGCAGUGGACAAUCUGGGGCUUCUCCCCAUAGUGGAGACCAACCUGAUCGAUAUUGACUCCCUGGUACCGACCCAUGAUGAGAAAGGCCAGCCCAUUGCAGAAUGGAAACGACAAGUUAUGGUACGAAAACUGCAAGCUCGCCUGCAGGAUGAAGAGGAUCAGAGGAUUAAGGAAAAUGGAAGCAAGUGUACUGAGAUGGACAGCUGGAGAUACUCGCAGACUCUUAAUGCUAUUCUUGGCCCAUUUGGGGAGCUGUUGACCGAGGACGAUUUGGUGUACCUGGAGAAGCAGAUCGAGAACGUCUCCAUGCAGAAGAGGUGUGAAGCCUACGAGAUGGAGUUGGCUCGUCUAGCCGAAGAACUGAGAGCCAUCCUUCCGGCGCCCAUCGUGAACAUUACGGUCAACACACAGUUCUGGCAACCCGACGUGGGCGACCAGGUGCCUUUGCCUGUGUGGUGUAACCGCAUCUCAGGGAUCGUGAAAAGCAUGACUCUUCUCCUGACUAACCACACAGACAAAGAGAAAGAUGGGACCAUCGGUAAAAUGCCCAACACUGAGCUGGCAUCUGUUUUCUCCCAAAAGCUCGAAAGGCCUAAUUCCUCUAGGGGACAGAGGGUAAAGAUUGAAAAGGAGAUUCAGCAGUUUGGAGUUUCAGUACGGAACCUGAGGUCCAACUUUGAGAGUCAGCUAGGGGGGAGCAUUAAUAAUGAAUCACAUACGUCAAAGAAACACAGGAACCAAGUUAGGAACCAAACGGCCAACCAGGAGGAUGGCUUUAACAAGCGUACGGAAAAGCGGGAAAACGAUGUAAACAAUUGGACUCACAUGGCUGUUGAAGAGGUCGGCCAGCUCAAGGAAGCAGACCGUACCAGCGAUUCGGGGAUAAGCAGUGAGGAGACACAUCCAGAUGACCCUGGGGCAGUAAUAGAGACCACCAGCUUGCGCAAAGAACGGAUUGUACUCUUGUUCCUGGGUCACUGGAAAAAGUCGGCAUAUGCCAUUAGCCUGAGAAGCAGAGGAAAACUGGGAUUGACUUGUAAAGACACAACGGAAGGGGCAGAGGAAACCGAAAAAGAGCAAACAUCUCAAGAGCCACAGCCCACAAGAACCAUGGAGAAGGGCUCCUUGAGCCACCUCUUCAGGCAAAGGACCACCAUCAAUAAGAUGAUUGGCAACUGGAGGAGCCUUAUCUCCAGUGUUCCAUCCAGACAGCUCCAUCGCCUACAUCAGCAGAAAGUCACUUAUUCUCCUGAGCAGUUCCUGCCAUGUGUGGGUGGGAUGCCUGUGGACUACAACAGCCUGACCCUUGACCUCUUCAUGCUAGGUUACUUUCACAUCCUGGAGCAGGAGUUGUCGGCAGAGGAGAGGAAGAUGAGGCAUCUGCUCUGCUUUGAGGUCUUCGACCACGUUGGCCGGUUCAGCUGGGAGACAGUGCGGGAGUUCCAUCGGGCGGUCCUCCAAGAUAUCGAGGCUGGCAGGAGAGAGUGGAGGGACGGCUUUGAGGACAUCAAGGCCACGUUUUUCGGGAAUGCGCCAAGACAGUUAGAGCUAUUGUCUGAGCCGAGUAAACCUGAACUGCCAGAACCAAGAGAGCUACCCAAGGUCAUCGUGCAGACGGCCACCCCAGACGAGAAUGACCUGAUAGGCAGUCAUUUAGACAUUUCUUGUUUCAGCAAUGAUGAGAUUUGCAAGUACAUUGAUCGUAGUUUUGCCUUCUGGAAGGAGAAAGAGGCAGAACUCUUUGAUUUUGAGCAGUAGUCGAUUGACUUCUCUUCCUGUCUUUUUGAUAAUUUUUUUUAUGAUAACUUAGCCUCUCCAGUGCUUUGCAAACCUUGACUGAAUGUGUCACAGGUGAAACGACAGGAUGCCUAGUUUGAAUAUGGUUUGAGUUUGUGUGCCGGUUUGCUUAGCAUUUAGCGACCUGUUUUAACAAUACUAAUACUGUAGCUGAGCCUGUAGAUACCACAUUAUUAUUACACUUUUUUUAUGAUAUGUCUGCAGCCGUGUGCCCGUGUGGGGAUUGGAUAUGUGCGUGAUUGAAGUCAAGCUGGCCGGAAGAACGACAAAACAUAAGGCCGCAACAAUAACAGAGUAUUUAGUAAAUGUAUUUGCUGCAGAUAUGUGUAUAUAUGGGUUGUUUUGGGGUCAGAAUGGAAUUUGCUCAACUGCAGAUUCUGACGGAAUAAGGAGAAGGAUAAGCAGAUGUUCUGAAUCGUCACGAGUCUCAUGUAAAAUGCUACUAAAAGCAAUGGCAGCUGAAUUAUUGAUAACAGACUUGGGGGAGGUGAUAGAUGGAUUGUAGACGUCCUUCCGUUUGUCACAAAAAGCGUGAUUUCCAGCCGUCGAGCAGAAACACUGGAGAUCUGUGGUGUAGUGAUGAGCAUUUUCUGGCUGCUUUGCCACUUAAACACGGCUUCCUUUUAUCUAUCUCCAAAUUCUACCAAGGUUAAUAUUUUAUAUAUCACUUACUAGGGAAAGUUACAUGUGAAAAUGACUACAAAUA